AUCGCCUUAGAACAGUGGUCAUAUAAAAGCCAUCUCAUCGCUCUAACGACCCACGAUGGCGUUCAAACGGAUCUGCCUCAUCGGCGCCUCGGGCAAUCUCGGCAGCCUGAUCCUCAAACACCUCCUGGCCUCCCCGCAAAACUUCCAGGUCACGGUGCUGUCACGCAAUUCCUCCACCGCCAAAUUCCCCGACGCGGUCACGGUCAUCCGCGUGGCCGACGACUACCCGGUCUCCGAGCUCACCGAGGCAUUCAAGGACGUCGACGUGGUUGUGUCCGCGGUCUCCAUGAUGGGCAUGCACGAACAGUACAAGUUCAUCGAGGCCUGCCUCGCCGCCAAGGUGAAGCGGUAUUUCCCCACCGAGUUCGGCCUGGACGACCUGCCGGACUGGCUGCUCCAGUUGCGGGAGAUGUUCAAGAUCAAGCACGACGUGCGCGAUUACUUGAUCUCCAAGGAAGACACGGGGCUCGAGUGGACGAGCAUCUGCUGCAAUGCCUUCUUCGAGAUGGGUGUCGCUUCCGGGUUUUUCCAGCUGGACUGGCAAACCAAAAAGGCCGUGUUGAUCGACGGUGGCGAACCGAAAUUCGUGGCCACGACCUUGGAUACCGUUGCUUUGGCGGUGGUCAGGGCGAUCGAGAAGCCGGAAGUGUCCAAGAACCGGAUCUUGCUGGUACAGGAUUUCAGGACGAGCCAGAAGGAGAUCUUGGACGCCGUCCAGCAGAAAGUGCCCGGUUGGCAGGUGGAGAAUGUCGAAUACGGAUCUUGGUUGGAGAAGGGAAAGGAGCAGGUCAGGAGCGGCGAUAACAGCGCCCUGCCCAAGUUGACCUUCGGCACGUUCGCACAGGGAAACCAGUACGAGGGAAGGCCGGAGUUCGGGAACCAGCUGCUGGACCUGCCGGCCAAAUCUUUCUCGGAAGCCAUGGGGAUCUUCUGGAACGAAUACGACAGUCGCCAGAAAGUUUAGACUGGAUCGACGGUACGCGGUCCACGACAGUCAAUGAGGCGGCGGCAGUCACUCUUAAGACAGGCUGCACUGUGGCACACAGGGUGACACAAUGGCCUCCCAAAGAAACAGACCCCGUCUCGUGCUUCGAUAUCUCGAACUGACAACACAUUAGUGAAUGUCGAUCGGGCGCGCAGUCAGUUGAGGUGUUGGAAAAGGCCACAGUCGCAAGCCGGGCUGCGUCUUGACCACAUCUUCCCACACCGAUAGCAGAAAUCCGCGGAGCAAAUGCAUGUCAUAUGGUUGCACCCCUCCCUCC